UUGGUCUUGGGUAACAGCCAGCAGAAAAUGUCUCAAUACUCAGGAAAAAUCACUUUCUACGAAGGCAAAUGCUUCACAGGCAGGAAGCUGGAUGUCUGUGGCAGCUGCAACAGCUUCCAGGACCAAGGUUUCCUCAACCGGGUCAACUCCAUCUGUGUCCAGAGCGGAGCUUGGGUCUGCUUCGACCACCCCGACUUCCGAGGGCAGCAGUACAUCCUGGAGCACGGCGAGUAUCCCGACUUCUACCGCUGGAACGGGCGCAGCGACCACCUGGGCUCCUGCCGGCCCAUCGGGAUGCACGGCGAGCAUUACAGGAUCGAAAUAUUCGAGGGGAGCCAUUUUAGGGGUCCCAGCCUGGAGCUGACAGAAGAUUGCUCCUUCCUGCAGGGACAAGGCUGGGACAAGGCCUGCAUCAAUGCCCUCAAAGUGUACGGCGACGGCGCGUGGGUGCUGUACGAGGAGCCCAACUACCGAGGCCGCAUGUACGUGGUGGAGCGCGGCGAGUUCAGCAGCUUCAGCGAGUGGCAGGCGCGCAGCGCCAGCGUCCAGUCCAUCCGGAGAGUCGUCAACUACUUCUAGCUGAGCUUCCACCCUGCCUGCCAUGGCCUGCUGAGACUGAGCAUCACCCUCCUCCCCUCUCACUGACCCCUGGAAUAAAUUG